AUGGCUAUUUCUUCCGAUCAAUUACAGUUGCUAUUUGAGCGACAACAGCAGCGUUUCAAAAAGAGCCAGUUGAGUGUGACAGAAGUUGACAAAUUAAUUUCUAAUUUGCACACAGAGCUGGAAAAUGACUGCAGAACGUAUAAACGUGUCGAUGAAACCCUUCGUGAAUCCUUGAUAAGCGGUAAUGUAAACGAAUUAGUGGCAGUCAUUCAUGAUGCGCCCAGUGAUCAAGAAAUGUCCUUUUCAGAAACAUGCCUUGUCGUGCGUUCAAAUCCCAUUGUCCCCGAAACACCAUCUACAAACACUGGAUUUUCCAGCUCACAGAAAGACACUGUCUUAUUAAAUACUCAUGAAAUUAUUGCAGUACCCGCUCACAAAAAAAAACAGAAAAUGAAUCAAGCAUCAUAA